UUUGUCUCUCUCUUUCCCUUCCAACCUCAUCCCAUUCCGUUUUCUCUGCAGUACUCAAUUGAUCCCUUUGUUUUUCUAUUCGUUUUGAGAGCUUUGUGUAUGGCCGGCAUAGACUUGGGUUCAGCAUCACACUUUGUUCAUCAUCGCCUUCAACGCCCUGACCUUGAAGAUGAUGAGAACCAACAAGACCAUGACAACACCAUCAACAACAAUGAAGGGCUUGACCUAGUUUCACCAAAUCAAGGUCCUGGUGAUGUUGUUGCUCGCAGGCCAAGGGGAAGACCCCCAGGUUCAAAGAACAAGCCUAAACCACCAGUUAUCAUCACAAGGGAGAGUGCAAACACGCUUAGGGCUCACAUCCUUGAAGUUAGUAGUGGUUGUGAUGUGUUUGACUCAGUGGCUACCUAUGCAAGGAAGCGCCAAAGAGGGAUCUGUGUCCUCAGUGGAAGUGGCACCGUGACCAACGUUACGUUGCGCCAGCCGGCUGCGGCUGGCGCCGUCGUCACGUUGCACGGAAGAUUUGAGAUUCUGUCCUUAUCAGGGUCGUUUCUUCCACCUCCAGCCCCACCAGGUGCUACCAGUUUAACUGUGUUUCUUGGUGGGGGGCAAGGUCAAGUUGUGGGAGGGAAUGUUGUUGGUCCAUUAGUCGCAUCAGGGCCUGUUAUUGUUAUUGCUUCAUCUUUUACUAACGUAGCAUAUGAGAGGCUGCCCUUGGAUGAAGAUGAUUCCUUGCAGAUGCAACAAGGGCAAUCAUCUGGUGGUGGCGGUGGUAGUGGUGGUGGAGUUAGUAAUAACUCUUUUCCUGACCCUUCUUCUGGGCUUCCUUUCUUCAAUUUGCCUUUAAACAUGCCUCAGUUACCUGUUGAUGGUUGGGUUGGGAACUCUGGUGGAAGGCAAUCUUAUUGA